AUGGUGGCAUCUGCACCGCGCCUGAGGAUCAUGCCGGCCAGCUCGCAUGACGAUGUCCUGCAAUUACUGCUCCAUGCCCCACAUCCGCGCAGAAAACCUACUCUCACCAGAGUCGGUGCCGAACAACUCCGUCUCGGCGCGUCUGGUCUAUCUGGAGUAUCUGCAACAAUCACCAACGUCGCACCCUCCACCAUCGGGGGCCUGCUUGAUGGCUAUCAGCAGUCCGGGAUCUUCGCGCCGUCUACGGCGACAAGCUGA